CAUGUUGCUCUACACAUGUGCAAGAUUUCGUUCUUGUUUUUCUUUUGCAAAGGGACGACAUCUUCUUAAUUCUUCUUACUUACUUGCAAGGACACAUACUACAAGUGUUCAAGAAUCCCACCAGAGUGACGAGCUAAUUAUUUCAUCCAAAAACUACACAAAAGAUGAAAAUACAAAUGUCACAAAGUCAAUUCUUUCCAAAGUGGGGAAAAACUUACACCAUAUACCAAAUCAUCCACUCAAGAUCUUAAAAGACAUGGUCCAUGACUACAUGUAUGCAAGAAAUCGCCGUCAUGGCAAUGGACCCCUCUUUACAAUGCUUGACAAUAUUCCCCCAGUUGUAACAGCUGAGCAGAACUUUGAUAGUUUGUUGGUGCCCAAAAACCACGUCAGUCGAUCAAAAAACGAUAAUUAUUACGUGAACAGCACUUAUAUGUUGAGGGCACACACGUCUGCACAUCAGGUGGACUUAAUGAGGACGGGUUUGGAUGCAUUUCUUGUCAGUGGUGAUGUUUAUAGAAGGGAUGAGAUUGACAAGAACCAUUAUCCAGUGUUUCAUCAAAUGGAGGGUGUACGUUUGUUUACAAAGUAUGAAUUGUACAAACAAUUGAAGGAACCUUUGGAGUUGUUUGCUAAGAAUAAAGAAAGAACAGAUGACUGUCAAGCAGUUCACGCUCUAGAGGCAGUAAAGCUUGUAGAAUUUGAUUUGAAAAGCACUUUAUCAGGGAUUGUAGAAAACCUCUGUGGAGAWGGUGUUGAAAUGCGCUGGGUAGACACGUAUUUCCCCUUCACACAUCCUUCCUGGGAACUGGAAGUGAAUUUCAAUGGUGAGUGGUUAGAAGUGCUUGGUUGUGGAGUCAUGGAGCAAGAGCUAUUAAACAAAGCUGGUGCAAUGGAUCAGAUYGGAUGGGCAUUUGGGCUUGGUUUGGAGCGACUUGCAAUGAGACUCUUCAAUAUUCCUGAUAUACGUCUUUUUUGGAGUGAAGACCAACGAUUCCUUGAGCAAUUCAAAGAUGGAGAAAUUAAUGAAUUCAAGCCAUUUAGCAAAUAUCCACCAACUUACAAAGAUAUUACUUUCUGGACGACUGAAGGGUUUUCAUCCAAUGACUUGUUUGAAGUAAUCAGAAAUGUUGCAGGAGACAUUGUUGAAAAGGUGGAGCAAAUAGACUUAUUUGUGCAUCCUAAGACGAAUGAAGAAAGUCAGUGUUAUCGUAUCACUUAUCGCGCAAUGGAUAAAACUUUCCAUGCUGAUGAAAUCAAUGCCAUUCAAGACCAAGUAAGAAACGAACUGAAAAAUAGGUUGAAUCUAAGAUUCAGAUAACUUUAGAAUAUUUUUUUGCAUCUAAACUGUCUUAUUUCAAAAGGACAGCUGUCAAUUGUUAGUUUUGAGCUGGAAAAAGAUCUUAGAAAGAAAUUCAACUUUUGUUUUGCCAUUCAAUAAAAUAACCUGUACAUAAACUCAAACUGUUAUUAGUAAAAAAGAUAAACAGAC